ACGCAGGCCGAAAAUAGGAAACAAGAACUGCUAGCCUUGUGGAAUCAACUGUUGACUGAAAUGCGUCUAUCCGGACCAGAUGCCGAACAACACAUCCGUGACAGAUUUCAUUUGAAGACGGCUGAGGACCGUCUGAAGAAAGUUGUUACGGCUGUGGAGGUUGUGGCAGCUGGGACCGAGGUCUCCAAACUGGUUGCCCUGUGUCGACAGGCGCUGGACCAGUUUGCACUAGAACAGUUGGAAGAAAUGAUGGAACUGACUGGUAAAGGAGCGACCGCAGCAUCUGCAGCUGUUGGCAAGGGAGUUGCUUCAGUGUCCUCGGUUUGUAUGGAGAAGUUGAAUCGUGCCGCUCGACAAGGUCCGUACCUAUCGCAGGGGGCACUUGAAGCUCGGCCAAUUGUCAUUACUGAUGAAAGACCAGCACCUGGAGCCUGAAUGAGAAUGCAAAGCCAUUUCCCGGCUGCCGAUUCAACUGUUCAUCAAGUGCAGUCAAUGAGAGGGCAAAGCCAUAUCGUAG